GAGGAGGAGGAAGGCCCUGAUCAUCCGGAGCUGCGCUCGCGGGGUUCCUUUGGAGGCGAGGCGCACCGGGCAGGCGAGGCUCCGGCGGCGGCGGCGCGCCUUAGCGAACGAGGAGCAGCAGCGGCAGCAGCAGCACUGUUGGCGGCGCCAUGGAGAUGAAGAAGCGGCUGACGCUGGAACUGCGGAACAAGAAGCCCGGCGAGGUUAAGGAGCUGGUUCUGGAUAAUUGCCGCUCGGACGAUGGAAAAGUGGUGGGUCUCUCGUCGGACUUCGAAAACCUUGAAUUCCUCAGCAUGAUCAACGUCAACCUCCUCUCCAUCUCGAACCUUCCGAAACUCACCAAACUUCGGAAGCUGGAGCUGAGUGACAAUCGUAUCUCGGGCGGGUUGGAGGUCCUGGCGGAGAAAACCUCAAACCUGACACACUUGAACCUCAGCGGGAACAAAAUCAAAGAUAUCAACACACUGGAACCUCUGAAAAAACUCCCCCACUUACGGAGCCUGGAUCUGUUCAACUGCGAGGUGACAACGCUGAUUAACUACCGCGAGAGCAUCUUCGCGCUCCUCCCACAGCUGACGUACCUGGACGGCUUCGACACCAAUGAUAAGGAGGCCCCGGAUUCGGAUCCCGAAGGGGACGGGAUGGAAGACGAAUAUGAUGAAAAUGGAGAAGAAGGAGAGGAAGACGAGGAUGACGAAGAGGAGGAACUGGACGAGGAGGAGGAUGAAGAUGAACUGGACGGCGAGGAAGAGGAAGACGGGGUUGACGAUGAGGAUGAUGAAGACGAGGACGAGGGAGAAGAUGAAGACGACGAGGAAGACCUUCAGCAAGGCGAGAAGAGGAAACGGGAUCCGGAAGACGAGGGAGAGGAUGACCCCGACGAAGAAGAGGAUGAGGAGGAUGAUUGACAGGUCUUGCCGCCCCCACCCGCCUGUCCUCCGUUUGAUGGACUGAUUUCUCUAACAUCCGAGGUUCCCCCUCCUGAUCCCUCCCGUGAGACUCU